GACUCCCCAUUUCGGUCGAGUUGAGCGGAAUUUUCAACUCUCCAUCUGAAGCUUCAUCCGAUUAAAUUCAAGCGACAGCAGCGACGAAUGCCAUGACGCCAAGUGAAGUACAUCACUGAGUCUCUCAAUACCCAGGAUGCCGACCAGAGAAGAGAUUGUCAACUUUGGAGCAGGUCCUGCGACCUUACCGACAGCAGUCAUGCAACAAGCUGCAAAGGACCUCGUCAACUACGAAGACUCUGGUAUGGGUAUUGGCGAGCUCAGUCAUCGUUCAUCUACCUGCGCAAACUUGCUGAAGCGUAUUCAAAAAGAUCUUACAACGCUCUUAUCGAUUCCAGACACGCACAGUGUGUUGUUCAUGCAGGGUGGCGGCACUACGCAAUUUUCAGCGACAGUGUACAACAUGCUUGCGUAUUGGAUUGCCAAGGAUGGGAGCGCUGGUGGCCAGCGUAUCUGCGAUUACCUCGUGACGGGCUCUUGGUCUGCCAAAGCUGCUAGCGAAGCGAAAUGUCUAGGCGCCAACAUCAACGUUGUCACAGACUCGCGGGCUUUAAGCAACAGUGGGAAAGCGUUUGGCGACCUAGCAGCCGCAGACACAUUUCAGUAUACGCCGAAAGACAAAGCUGCAUUUGUGUGGUAUUGCGACAACGAGACGAUCGAUGGUGUUGAGUUUCCUGGGUUGCCUGAAGGUGUUGAUCCAGAUGUGCCACUGGUAUGUGACAUGUCGUCCAAUUUUGCCUCACGGCCAAUUGAUGUGUCCAAAUACGCCGUCAUCUAUGCUGGUGCUCAAAAGAAUGUCGGUCUUGCAGGACUCACUGUACUGAUUGUCAAGAACGAGUUUAUGCAGCAACGUGCGGAAGCAGACGCUCAACGUCAAGCUGGUGCGCAAGUGACACCGAUCAUGUUGGAUUAUCAGACGAUAUGGAAGAAUGACUCGUUGUACAACACGCUGCCCAUUUUCACGCUCCAUGUCACGGGCCUGGUCUUCGCGCAUCUGCUUGCAGAGGGUGGGAUUGAUCAUCUCGAGCGUGUCAACAAGGAGAAGGCUGCACUGCUCUAUGGUGUGCUAGAUGCGGAGGAAUCGAUUGUUGUGGUUCCAGCAAAACAUGUACGAAGCAGGAUGAAUGUGUGCUUCAAGUUCACAGGUGCUGAAGCAGCUGAGCGAGAGUCUGCCUUCCUCAAAGCAGCAGAGGCGCGAGGAAUGGUGCAACUCAAGGGACAUCGCAGUGUGGGUGGACUUCGUGCUUCGUUGUACAACGCCAUCAGUCUGGUGGAUACACAAAAGCUGGCGAAAUGCAUCGAGGAUGUAUGUCGCGCAUAGCCAGUAGCUCAAGAAUAUAAACUAAGAAUAUGAAGAAAGAGGGCCUGCG